AUGAGCAUUGCCAGCUUUCUCCAGCUAGUUCAAAUAGGCGAUAGGCGACAACAACCCCAAUUACAGUUGCAUAGCUUUAUUGCCAGGAUAAGUACGAGUAAUAUUAGGAUAAUGGACUGCAAACCGAAAUGCGUGUCGUGCCAUGCCAAAAGGUUCAUGAUAACCAGUCGCUGUUACCACUCCGCCAUGAAAUCGCACCGUAGCUCAUUCCGCCACCCAUUAAUCUGGCGUGAUAUUAUUCGAGUAGAUUGUUUUCAGUGUAUAAAGAGGCAAUACGUUGCAAGAUUUAACGAGAACCGUGAGGUCUUAAAAACCUACAACGAAACAUCAAAAAAGCCACAAUCAAAAAACCCAUUGAAUCUCCACUGUUUCGGGCUGGCCACCAUCCAUGGUCAUGCUUUUCAGUGCAUACAGAGGCUUUGUGCUUUUUUUUGGGACAAGCCCGCCGCAAUCUUUCGGAACCGCUGCAACACCUGUAAGCCAGGAUCUACAGUAGAUACAACCAUGAAGACACCGGAACACUGGAGUCCGGCGAGUCCCAGGGACAUGAAUAACCGACUGUCUUAG